AUGAAUCAUAGAAUUCCUAAUUUACCACCAUUUAUUCGUUCUGACCCUUCUUUAUGGUUCGCUCAGAUCGAGUUAAUUUUCGAGUCCUACGGUAUUUUUUCGCAAAGAGCCAGGGCCGGUACGUUGGUUUCCGCCCUCGAUCAUGAGGUUGUUCAAACAUUCGGCGAUUUAUUGACUAAUAAUAAUCAUAUCGAGAAUUUAUAUAUGGAAAUUAAAAAUCGUGUAACGGAAAGCUUUUCGGUUUCACCUGAAGCUGAAUUGAGAAGCGUUUUACGAGGCGAAAUGGUCAGCGAUGGUAAACCAUCAUUAAUGCUCAGUAGAAUUCGACACCUCGGCCGCGGUAAAUGUAGUGACGAAGUAUUAAGGUCAAUUUUCCUCGAACAUCUUUCUGCCAGUUGUCGCGCGAUUUUAGCUGUUUCGGAUAUUAAUGAUCUGUCUCGUUUGGCUUUGAUGGCCGAUCGUAUUGUUGCUUAUGACCCCUCGGAAAGAAAUGUUUCGGCAAUUUCAGCAAACUCGGAAAUUAUGAAUAGAUUGGGCGAACUCACUACAAGACUCGACGAAAUGUCAACCAGAUCUCGCAAUCAUUUCAAAUCUAAUAAUAAAAAUCAUUCCAGAUCUCGAUCUAAAUCUCAAUCUCGAAAUAAUCAGUCUCGCGAUCAGGGUUCAAAAGAUAAGAAAUUUUGCUAUCUGCAUUAUAAAUACGGCGAUAAAGCUUAUCGGUGUUACAAACCUUGCUCUUAUAAAAGUAAUUCUGGUAACGCAUUAAUACGAUUGAGACAUCGUCACCUUUUGCAAAGAUUUUGUGAUUUCCCGAAAAUCACCGGAUUGACUCAAGUAUCUCAAAUUCUCCCGAGCGAAGUCGCGCAUCAUAUUUUGACCACUGGCUCGCCUGUUGCCGAACGAGCCCGAAAAUUGGCUCCCGUUAAAUUCUCUGUCGCGAAGUCCUGGUUUCAGGAAAUGGAAGAGUCCGGUCGUUGCCGUCCUCCUUGCGCUGCUUGGGCUUCACCUUUGAACAUGACCUUAUAG